AUGCAAAGUGUAGAUCACGAACAUUAUACAAAAGUAAAAAAAUUACCAGGAGGAGCUUACGGUAAGAUUUAUCUGUGUAAAUGUGAGAAACCAAUACAUAAUAAAAGAAUAUUUUAAUGGAUUCCUCAAUUAGUAGAAAUAGAGACUCAUCCAUAAUUUGUAGUAAUAAAAAAGUUCAAGCCUUUAAAAAAGAAAGUUGGAUUAGACAUUGAUAGUCUACGUGAGGUCAGAUUCAUGAAUACUAUGAUUCACUAAAAUUUAAACAUCCCUAAGCAUGUGUUUAUGAAAACAUCAAAAAAAAGGAAUGAUGAUACAUUUGGCUCAAUUUGUUUUGUUUAUGAUCAUAUGGUUUCACUUUUUGAGAUAAUUUAAUCUUAUAGAGAAACUGGCGAAUCAUGUUAAGAAAGCGACAUCAAAUUAAUGCUUCUCUAAAUUUUAUAGGGAUUUGAUGAACUUCAUUCUAAAAUGAUACUACAUCGAGAUUUUAAACCUGAGAAUGUUUUAAUAACUAAGGAUGGCAUUUUAAAAAUAACAGACUUUGGUUUAGCAAGAUUAUGGGAGGAUAGGCCUAUGACAACAUAAACUUGUACGAUGUAAUAUCGAGCACCUGAACUGUUUUUCAAUUCAUAAAAAUAUGGUCCAGCUUUAGAUGUAUGGGCAAUAGGUUGUGUAUUUGCUGAAUUCUAUCUCAGAUAAACCUUAUUUUCAGGAGAAAGUGAGCUUAAAAUAUUAUCUAAAAUGGUAAAUAUACUGGGAAAUCCUAAUGAAAAAAAUUGGCCAGGUUUUUAAAAUUUGCCUUAAGUCAUUCAAUUUGAAAAGAGAGACCCAGUUAACCUAUUUAAAUUAUUUCCAAAAAUGAGUAGCGAGGGAAUUGAUUUAUUAUCCAAAAUGUUAUAAUAUGACCCAAAUAAAAGAAUUUCAGUAAAGGACGCUUUGAGUCAUCAUUAUUUUAAUUAGAUUGAGUCAUAAAACCUGUCUAAAAAACUGAUGCAAAUUAUUCAAAGUAAAUUAAAUUGA